AUGUCCCGCACAGUCUGCAUCACCGCGGUGGACGGCCACACUGGCUUCCUCAUCGCCGAGCUACUCCUCACAAACGACACCUUCAAAUCCCACAUCAAGUCCGUCACCGGCCUCACCCUGCACCCCCACGCAGAAAAAUGCAAGGAACUCGCCAAGCUGGGCGUCAAGAUUGUUGCGCACGAACCAGGCCGUCUGAAGCACACCGUCCAGACCCUGCAGCAGAUCGGCGCCGAGGCCAUGUGCCUGAUCCCGCCGGCGCAUAAAGAGAAAUUCGACAUCACGAUGGAGAUGAUCGAAGCGGCGAAGAAGGCUAAUAUUGCCAAUGUCUGCUUCGUCAGCUCAGCGGGAUGCGACCUCGCUGAGAGAGACAAGCAGCCUCAUCUCCGGAGCUUUAUUGAUCUCGAGGCGGCAUUUAUGGCUUCCAAGGGGGAUUCGUCUACUCAGACUGGGCAUUCGCCUGUUGUUGUUAGGGCUGGCUUCUACGCCGAGAAUCUCCUGCUGUACUCGGAGCAGGCGCAGACGGAGGGUAUUCUCCCUAUUCCUGUGGGACAGAAUCAUAAAUUCGCUCCUAUCGCGUUGGGUGACGUCGCACAAGUGGUCGCCCAUGUCCUCUGCGGCAAAGGCAAGCAUGGCUUCGCCGAUAAGCACCGCGGGCAACUAAUGGUUCUGACCGGACCGAUGCUCACGACCGGUGACGAACUCGCCAGCGCAGCCAGCCAGGCGCUGGGCACAGACCUCAAGUUCGAGAAUAUCUCAGAGGCCGAGGCAAAGAAAGUCCUGCAUGCGCAGUCGGAGAGCGACGAGUCCGAGCUGCAGUAUCUUCUCGAGUACUACUCCCUUGUCCGCGAGGGCAAGACCAACUACAUUUCCACCACUGCAUUCCACGAUGUGACGGGUGUUCAUCCGCAGGAGCCGGUGGAGUUCUUCAAGGUGUACGCCGAGAGCUUCCGUCCUAAGCACGUGAACAAGAAGAGGAAGAUGAGCAAGUGA